AUGGCUCCAGUUCAGAAGGCCUCGGGACGGAGAAGGAAAAGGCAGCGGCGGUAUAAAGAUCAUGAUUUAGACCAGCAACAGGAUUAUGAGAUGCCGGUGCCGACCUUCCCCACAUCUGAUUGUGCUUCUGAUGUGGAACCAGACACCCGGGAAAUGGUUCGGGCCCAGAACAAGAAAAAGAAGAAGUCGGGGGGCUUCCAGUCCAUGGGUUUGAGCUACCCAGUGUUCAAAGGGGUAAUGAAGAAAGGCUACAAGGUGCCUACCCCAAUCCAGAGGAAGGCUAUUCCUCCAAUCCUGGAUGGCAAGGAUGUGGUUGCCAUGGCAAGAACGGGAAGUGGGAAGACAGCCUGUUUCCUCAUUCCCAUGUUCGAGAAGCUGAAGGCUCACAGCGCAAAGACUGGAGCCCGGGCACUCAUCCUGUCGCCCACUCGGGAACUUGCCCUGCAGACUCUGAAGUUCACCAAAGAGCUUGGCCGGUUCACAGGCCUGAAAACUGCCUUGAUUCUUGGAGGAGACAAAAUGGAAGACCAGUUUGCAGCACUGCAUGAAAACCCUGAUAUAAUCAUCGCCACUCCUGGCCGCCUGGUUCACGUGGCCGUAGAGAUGAAACUCAAGCUACAGAGCAUGGAAUACGUGGUGUUUGAUGAAGCAGACAGGCUCUUUGAGAUGGGCUUUGCAGAGCAGUUGCAGGAGAUCCUUGCCCGGCUACCGGAGGGCCGCCAGACGGUGUUGUUCUCUGCCACCCUGCCAAAACUUCUAGUGGAGUUUGCCCGAGCUGGCCUCACAGAACCAGUACUGAUCCGCCUGGAUGUGGAGUCCAAGCUCAGCGAGCAACUGAAGCUCUCCUUCUUUCACGUCCGUGCGGAUGACAAGCCAGCGCUCCUCUUGCAUCUCCUCAGAACAGCGGUGAGACCCCAGGACCAGACCAUCGUGUUCGUGGCCACCAAACACCACACAGAGUAUCUAAAAGAGCUGUUGACAGCUCAGGGUGUGGACUGCACACACAUCUACAGCUCUCUGGACCAGACAGCCCGCAAGAUUAACAUUGGCAAAUUCACCCACGGCAAGUGCUCUGUGCUGAUCGUCACCGACCUGGCUGCCCGUGGGAUUGACAUCCCCUUGCUGGACAACGUGAUCAACUACAGCUUCCCUGCCAAGGCCAAGCUUUUCCUGCACCGUGUGGGCAGAGUGGCACGUGCUGGGAGGAGUGGAACAGCCUACUCUUUGGUGGCACCGGAUGAGACUCCGUAUGUCUUUGAUUUGCACCUGUUUCUAGGCCGUCCCCUUAUCCUUGCCAGUCCCCACAAGAAACCCACAGAUACAGACGGCGUCUUUGGUCGUGUGCCCCAGAACAUCAUUGACGACGAGGAGAGUCUGCUGCAGACGGACCACGAGCGCUCGCUGGAGCUGCAGAGCCUGCGUCGAGUGUCCGACAACGCUCAGAAGCAGUACCUGAAGUCCCGGCCGGGUCCGUCGCCGGAAUCCAUCAAGAGGGUCAAAGAAAUGGACUUCUCCCUUCUGGGCAUUCAUCCUCUCUUUAGUUUGCGCUUUGAGGGGGAUGAGAUAGAGCGGCUCAAAUUUGUGGAUAGCAUCAAAACGUACCGUUCCAAGGCAACUAUCUUUGAAAUUAACGCCACCAACAAGACUCUGGCCAGCGACAUCAUGCGAGCCAAACGGAACCACGACUGGCAGCUCAUCGACCGGCACCAAAGGAAGCAGCAAGAGAGAUUGGCCUUGGCAGCAGAGAAGGUCCAAGAUCCAGCUGUGCUAGUUGCUGCUGAGCAAGAUUCCGAGGAGGGGGAAGAAAUGCUUCAGGAUGUCUUCUCCACCGUGGUUGGAAGGAAGCGGAAGCAGCCCCAGAUGGGAAGAGGCACAGGGAAAAAGAGGAAACAGGCGACGCAGAGAGACGAGGAAUUCUACAUCCCUUACCGGCCAAAGGACUUUGAUUCUGAGCGUGGGCUCAGCAUCGGCGGGGAAGGCAGUGCAUUUGAGCAGCAGGCUUCGGGUGCCGUCCUCGACCUUAUGGGUGACGAAAAUCGGAACAUGAACACAAGCAAGCAACUCCUGAAGUGGGAUCGGAAGAGGAAGCGGUUUGUGAGGCAGAUGGGCCAGGAGAACAAGAGGAAAAUCCGAACCGAGAGCGGGGCAUACAUCAGCAGCUCAUACAAAAACAACCUUUACGAGAAAUGGAAAAAGAGAAACAGGAUCGAUGAACGGGGUUCGGACUCAGAGGCUGAAGGAGAGAACAGAAGUGGAAAGAAACAGAAAGGCAGAGGGGCACGCCCUGCGCCUUCCUUCCAAGGCCGCCGUGGCUCCCAGCAGACUCAGGCCCGCUCUGAGCUGAGAACCAAGCAGCAGAUCCUCAAACGUCGGAAGAAAGAGGAAAAGCAGCACUUCCUGCAGAGCGGGGGUCUCAAACGCUUGAAGUCCCGCAGCCGUCAGCACGUCCAAGACCUCCGCCGGAGCGCUUUUGGGCGCGGAAGCUUCAAAAAGGGCAAGCUGCGGAAGAAGAUGUAGGGGUGUGAUGAGGGGACAGAAGGCUUUCCGCACCUGUUUCGUUGUUUGCAA